GAUGGUUGACCGUCAAGAUAGCAAUCAAAUUCUGAAACCUCCAACUCCACCUACAACGAUGGAGGAGGAUAGAGAUUACGAAAAUUGCGGUUUACUUAUAGAAAACUAUUCCACCGAUGAGAAGUUGGGAAUGAUGACUGAGAAUCGAAAACUAUGUCAGCUGAAAGAGGAAUCCAGAAAUCAACCGAUCCAAAGUGCCCCACAAAAUUGUGUAGCAAUUAAACAACAACCGAAACAGUCUGAGCUUGUGGUUGGUCCUCCUCCGAUGUAUUUUCUUCAGGAAAAUAGAACAACAGCUGCCAACCUAAGACAACAACGACUCAGAUUGGAGCGUAUCCGCGCGGCUAGAAUGAGUAUCAAAGAUCUUCGCGAAAGCGUUAUGAAUACAAAGGAGAAGGUUAUCCUUUUCCUCAGUGUCGUAAUUAUUACUUUUACUGUUGUACUUGUAACGUUUGUUCUUUCUACUCCCAUUUAA